UGACGAUGUUGAAGAAUGGCGGUUGGAAUGUGAGGGAGCGAGGAGAAUUCAAAAAGCGGCUGCUCGUGACUGGGGGAGCGGGCUUCAUAUACUUAGACUAACUCCCUAACUUUGGAAAAAAAGAGUACACAGCAGCAAUAUUCACCAGUUGAAUCAACUCACAGCCAUCCUAUGAUGUCACAAUUUGAUUUCUAUUUAAUUUUUUCAAACUCUGGUAUACCCAGGUCCACACCAGCUCCCGAGUCUCUCCUCAGUGCCUCGCAUGUGAUUAUUUGUCUUCUGGAAAGAUAUCCAGAUUAUCUGAUCAUAAAUUUGGACAAGCUUGAUUAUUGUGCAAGCUUAAAGAACUUGCAGUCUGUUUCUAACAGGACAAACUACAAAUUUAUACAGGGUGAUAUUUGUGAUGAACAAUUUCUGAAACUAUUGUUUGAAACUGAAAAAAUUCACAUAGUUCUACACUUUGCAGCUCAGACUCAUGUUGAUAAGUCCUUCUGUUGUUCUUCAGAAUUCACAAAUGUGAACGUCUAUGGUACAGAAGUCCUAGUGGAAGCUGCUUAUCAGGCUAAUAUUGAGAAAUUUAUUCAUGUUAGUACUGAUGAAGUCUAUGGAGGAAGUAUUAAAGAGGAAUUUAAUGAAGCAUCACCUAAGCAUCCUACCAAUCCCUACGCAGCAUCAAAAGCCGCAUCUGAAUGUAUAGUAAUGUCCUAUUGGGAAAGCUUCAGGUUCCCAGUCAUUGUAACAAGAAGUAGUAAUGUUUAUGGACCUCAUCAAUAUCCAGAAAAAGUUAUUCCAAAAUUCAUAGCUUUAUUGCAACGUAACCGAAAAUGCUGCAUUCAUGGAACGGGCGUUCAAGCACGUCAUUUUCUCUAUGCUACGGAUGUUGCUGAGGCUUUCCUCACAAUUCUUGAGAAAGGUGAACCUGGUGAGGUCUACAACGUUGGCACAAACUUUGAGAUGUCGGUAAUUCAACUUGCAAAGGAGUUAGUUCAUCUGAUUAAAGAGACAGCUUCAGAGUCUGAGCUAGAACUUUGGAUUGAACACGUCAGUGACAGGCCUUCCAAUGAUUUGAAUUAUCCAAUGAAUUCAAAAAAACUGCACAGACUUGGUUGGAAACCCAAAGUAGCUUGGGAAGAAGGAAUUAGAAAAACAAUUGAAUGGUAUGAAGAAAACUUCUACAACUGGCCAAAUGCAGAAAAAGCACUGGGUCCUUUUCCAUCAUUAGCACUUUAUAAAAGAUGCCAGUGAUUGUACCUUGGUUAAGGUCACAGCAAAUCUACCUCAUCUGAAGCUUCAAGUGGACCUUGUUGUUUGUCAUGGAAGGGCAAAGAAAUAAUUAACAUGGAAGUACCCUAUUUUGUAAAUUAUUAAAUAAGUUAAUACUUGAAAGCAAUUUAUUAUGGCUUCAUGUGUAAGAAGGACUUGUCCUAGCCAAAUGAUAUACAAUUUAAGUCUUUUAAAAUAUAAGCUAUUUUUAUGAGUAAUUUUCUCCGGUACCAACUAGCUUUGGUGGGCCCUUAUAUGCAAAAUCUUUUUUACUAAUGUGAUCUGUAAGCUUCGUUAAGGGGGCAGUAGCCUAAUGAUUAUGGUACCAUGCUAGCACUCCAGAGAAUUCAAAUUCUACUGCUGAAAGUGGGAAAUCACAUUCAUUAAAAACCUGGCGAUUUGUGGGCUGGCAUCAGAUAAAAUUAUCAUGAAGUUGUUAGAUUGUCAUAAAAAGUAACUGGCUAAAUAAUGUUCUUUAGGGAAGGAAAUCUGCCAUCCCUAGUGUGUGACUGUCUGUUACACACUGCAUGGUUAGCUCUUUAAUGCCAUUAGAAGCACCAGGGUAGGUCAGUAGAUGCAGCACUGCCAGUGUUGCCCACUUGGGCAAUAAAUGCCGGCCUUGUCAGUGGUGCUCAUCCUGAGAAUGGAAACAAAAUGUAAUAUUGUAUUUUAUAGUUUACCAAAUUAAAUCUAAUUAUAUAAUUGUUUUAGUUGCAAUGUUUUUGGAUGGGAAUAACAUGUAUUUUAAUAUUUAGUCCUUUAUAUAUUGUAGAAUGUUUUGUUUAUUUUCUAUUAUAUUUUAAAUCAAUGUACUAUUUUGAGCUUGUUAAACCAGUAAUUAUCAAAAUAAUUUCAAGGAAGUAGUGUUUUCUUUAAAGAACUAAGAAUUUAGCUUUACAUGGCCCCAGUAGAAAUAACAUAGGCAGCAGCUUGCUUACAGCAGGCCAGGUGUGCCACCAUGGGCAGAAUCAGGAAAUGAACUUUGUAAAAUGAAUGCUUUGUAGUGUUAUGCAUCUUUUGAGUGUUUGAUACUCAUCGAGACAAAUGCAAGAAUGCCAAAUUUAAUACAGUCACAACAAUUUAUACUACAGGAGAAAAGGGUGCAGAUUGGUUGGCAAGUCGACCCUGAUUGGCUGAGGUAUUGCCAUGGAGAAAGCAAUCAAAGUUGACUUGCCAACAAAUCAGCACCCUUUUCUCCUAGAGUAUAAAUUGUUGUGAUCAUUUAAAGCAUUUGUCCGGUGAGGACAAGACAAAAAGCUUCGGCCACAUGUCUCUCUUUUCAACAAUACUCAGGUUCUGUAGUUCCAAGUGAGUGUUUAUGAUAUUUUCCAUAAUCCCAUGUGUAUGUCCCAAUCUUUAUUUUGCCCUCUGUAAAAUGAUUAAGAAGGGUAAUCAAUGCAAAAUUUACUUCCUGUUUUUUGAGCUGUGAGAAUUCUUCAAUGUGAUUGGCCUGAUUGAUUAUAUCACUGUUGCUGGAUGUUGAGAGUCCCUUAUAGUUGGCACCAGAAUCAAAUUAAUGUUGGAAAAGGUAUAAUCCAUGCCACAGGUGGGAAGCUUUCUUCAAGGUCACCAGCAAAUGCCAUCACUUUACUACUGACCACAAAAUCCAGCCCACGGUCUUUUCUCCAUUAUUGUUCAAUUAAAACUAUUUCUAUUU